GAGAGGGCAAAAACAGAAACAACCAGAGUGUGGAGGAGAGAGAGAGAGAGAGCCGUGGACAGAUUGCAGAGGUUUCGCAGAGAGCUCUGUCUGUCUACGCCCUUCAAGCGUUAUUAUUCUCUCUCUCUUUCUCUCCUAUUUUCUCUGCCCUUUUUUGGUUCAUUGCCAUAAUUAUCACAGUUCCAGAGAAUUCGAAGAAGAAGAAGAGGAGGAGAGAGAAAGAGAAGGAAAAACAGAGAUGGGAGGAGAAGGAAGAGGAGCUUCGGCGAGGUUAAGGAAAGCCGCGAGGAACAUGAUUUUAGCAGCUGCCAAUGCUUGUGGUUCUUUCUCCAGAAGAAAAUCUCUCGUAGAUCCCAUGGUUUUCGACCACUCAAACUCCGAUUCUAUCUCGGGUUCUUCUGCUGUAUCGCCCAGAAAGAUGAGGAUUAUGUGUGAAGAAGAGGAAGAAGAAGAAGAAGAAGAAGAAGAAGAUGCUGGUGAGGAAUUUGAGUCGUCGAGUAUUAGUACUACUGCUUUGCCUACUGCCAAGAACCUGUGUGCAAUAUGCCUAGACCCUCUUAGCUACAACAGCAGGGGAGGUAGCCCAAGCCAGGCCAUAUUCACAGCGCAGUGCUCCCACGCCUUCCACUUCGCCUGCAUCUCCUCCAACGUUCGCCACGGCAGCGUCACCUGCCCCAUCUGCCGUGCCCACUGGACGCAGCUCCCCCGCAACCUCAACCCGCCGUGCGGCUCCCUCUCCUCAUGCAACCAAAACGAUCCUAUUCUCCGAAUCCUCGACGAUUCCAUCGCCACUUUCCGCAUCCACCGCCGCUCCUUCCUCCGCUCCGCCCGCUACGACGACGACGACCCCAUUGAGCCCGACGACAUGCCCAAUUGCCCACGUCUCCACCUCUCUCUAGUCCCCGUCCCAACCACUUCACCAACAACAAAUUUCCAACCAUAUCCUUAUCAUCAAAACUUGCACGCACACCCUCCAAUCUGUGGCUCAUCCUCAUUUCUCCAGUCACCAAGCAGACAAUUGUCUUACGUAAUGUGCACGUCCUCAAACAAAGGAUAUCUGUCAGUGAAACUAGCAAACCAACGAGCUACAGACUUGGUCCUUGUUGCGAGCCCAAAUGGACCACAUCUUAGACUUCUCAAGCAAUGCAUGGCCUUGGUGGUCUUCUCACUUAGACCUAUCGACCGUUUGGCCAUUGUUACGUAUUCCUCGGCUGCAGCUCGUGUCUUUCCUCUAAGACGCAUGACAUCUUAUGGUAAACGAACGGCUUUACAGGUUAUAGAUCGUCUUUUCUACAUGGGACAAGCUGAUCCCGUUGAAGGGCUCAAGAAAGGGAUAAAGAUACUUCAAGACCGAGCUCACAAGAACCCGGAUUCGAGCAUCUUGCAUCUCUCCGACAGCCCGACGCAAUCCUACCACGCUGCGAUGGACGUGGAGAUUCCGAUCCCGGUCCACCGGUUUCACGUCGGUUUCGGGUUCGGGAUCGGGACCUCCAACGGCUUCAUCAUGCACGAAUUUGAAGAGUUCUUGGCGGGACUUCUUGGCGGGGUGAUCAGAGAUAUCCAGUUGAGAAUAAGAGUGGGAGAGGAAUCGAGCUGUAGUAGGAUUGUGAGGAUUGGAGAGCUGAGAGGCGACGAAGAGAGGAGGAUUUUGUUGGACUUGGGAGAGAGUGGACAUGCUUGUGUGGAAUAUAGCUAUUGUGAGGACGUGGGUGAAGUUGAUGAGAGAUUCAUAACAGGGGAAACUUUGGUGAGUUUGGGAGAUAGUAAGAGUACUAAUGCGGCGGAAGCGAGUGCAGGGCCGGCCGUGGCGGAGGCGGGGGCCACCGGUGGUGGUGGGAGGAGGGAUGCGAUUGGUGGUGGUAGGCCAAGUAGUGUGGAAAGUUGGGAUUACCAUGAUCCUUACAUGGCUAGAAGAUGGGCUAAGCAUUUGCAUGGCUAUAGGAUUUGAAAGCAAAAAUAUCCAAGAAAAAAAGAAAAAGUCCAACCGAUUGUUUUUACUCCUUUCGUGGAUUUGUACAUGUAGAACCAACAUUGCGAGUCUUCAUUGAUGUACUUGUAGCUUUUUACAUUGCUGCUAGCUCAAACAGCUUUCAAAAGGGAUUAAAGUAGAAAAUUGUUGAAUAUACUCGUACUUAAUUACUUCAAAGUUCGAAUCUUGUGAUUGUUGUUAGUAUCAAGAAGUAUUGGAAAUACGGUACUUCAAACGCUUGAGAAACAAAAAAUGAGU